GAACCUUCUGGAACCUCCUGGGCACCUUCUAGAACCUUCUGGGACCUUCUGGGCACCUUCCAGAACUUUCUGGGCCACCCGUGACCCCUCUUUGGCCACCUGUGACCCCACCUGGACCACCUGGGCACCUUCCAGAACCUUCCGGAACCUUCCGGCACCUCCCGUCCCCGGUGGCCGCUCCCCGCUCCGCCGGCCAUGUCGUCGGCGCUGGUGCUGGCCGUCUACAUCGUGACCUUCACCGUCGGCUUCCCGGCCAACGUCUUCACGCUGGCCGUGCUGGCGGCCAAGUCGCGGCGCCGCCCGUCGGCGCUGACGGCGGCCGAGCUGCUCCUGCUCAACCUCACCGCCGCCGACCUCCUCCUCCUCCUCUUCCUGCCCUUCAAGAUGGCGGAGGCGGCGGCGGGCAUGGCGUGGCCGCUGCCGGCGGCGCUGUGCCCGCUGGCCAACUUCUGCUUCUACUCCAGCAUGUACCUGAGCAGCCUCUUCCUGGCGGCGCUGAGCGUGCGGCGCUACCUGGGCGUGGCCUUCCCGCUGCGCCUGCAGGGCCGGCGCCGGCCCGGCCGCGUGCUGGCGCUCAGCGCCGCCAUCUGGCUGCUGGCCUGCGGCCACUGCUCCGUCGUCUUCGUGGCCGAGUUCACCAGGGACGCGCCCGGCGGGGGCGCGGCCAAUGGCAGCCGAGGGGGCGGGGCCGGGAGGUUUGGGGGUGAUGGCGGUGGGGACGCCGUGGGGGAUGGCGUUGAUGGCAAGGUGGUCGGCCCUGUUGGCGCCGUGGCCAACCGCGUUGACCCCAAAACCUUCAACGCCAUUGACCCCAAAACCUUCAACCCCGUUGACCCCAUGGCCAACCCCAUUGACCCCACUGACCCCAAAAUGUUCAACCCCAUUGACCCCAAAACCUUCAACCCCAUUGACCUCAAAACCUUCACUGACCCCAUGGCCAACCCCGUUGACCCCAAAAUCUUCAACCUCAUUGACCCCAACACCUUCAACCCCAUUGACCCCAUGGCCAACCCCAUUGAUCGCAUUGACCCCAAAAUCUUCAACCCCAUUGACCCCAUGGACAACCCCAUUGACCGCAUUGACCCCAAAAUGUUCAUUGACCCCAUGGCCAACCCCGUUGACCCCAUUGACCCCAAGACCUCCAACCCCAAAUCCCCCAAGACCCUCAACCCCAUUGACCCCAAGGUCAAUUCCAUUGACCCCAAGGUCAACCCCAACCUUUCCAAGACCCCCAACCCCAAAUCCCCCAAGACCCUCAAACUCAUUGACCCCAAGGUCAACCCCAUUGACCCCAACCCCAAAUCUCCCAACCCCACUGACCCCAACAUCAACUCCAUUGACCCCAUUGACCCAUCCUCAAAAAAGGCGGGACGGGAACUCAACCGUGAGGCGGCGGCCAAUGAGAAGCGAGCGAGGGCGGGAUUAAGCCGGGAUCGACCAAUCGGCGCGCGGGGGCGGGAAGCGCUGGCCAAUGGGAGCGCGGGGUGGGCGUGGCUUCGAGCUCGGCGCUCUCCGGCCGCCACCGCAAAUGAAGAAAACUCGCGGGGGGCGACGACGUCACGGCAUACGCAUGACGUCAUCUCAACGCGUCUCCGCAAUGGCGUCACCCGCGUGGUGACGUCACAAAUCGGAACGAAUCGUCGCCAAGGGCCCGCGACGGGGCGGAAAUGA